AUGGCGCCCCUCGCAAACGCUUCCCGCACCUGCCUGCGCCAGCUCUCGCGGUCCGCGGCGGCUCCCACCCGGGCGCUGAGCACGACGGCCGCCCGCGCCGACUACACCCCCCACAGCUACUCGAGCCCCUUCAAGGGUGCGCAGAAGGGCGAUGAUAUUCCCGACUUCUCCAAGUACAUGAGCAAGGGCAGCGGCGCCAAGAACCACCUUUUCUCCUACUUCAUGGUCGGCACCAUGGGCGCAAUCACGGCCGCGGGUGCCAAGUCUACCGUUCAGGAGUUCCUCGUCAACAUGUCCGCCUCCGCUGACGUUUUGGCCAUGGCCAAGGUCGAGGUCGACCUCAGCGCCAUUCCCGAGGGCAAGAACGUCGUCAUCAAGUGGCGCGGAAAGCCCGUCUUCGUUCGCCACCGCACUCAGGCCGAGAUUGACGAGGCCAACAAGAUCAACGUUGCCUCCCUACGUGACCCCCAGAACGACAGCGACCGUGUCAAGCAGCCCGAGUGGCUCGUCAUGCUUGGUGUCUGCACCCACCUGGGUUGUGUCCCCAUCGGCGAGGCCGGUGACUACGGCGGUUGGUUCUGCCCCUGCCACGGUUCCCACUACGACAUCUCGGGCCGUAUCCGCAAGGGCCCUGCCCCUCUCAACCUCGAGGUCCCCGAAUACGACUUCCCCGAGGAGGGCAAGCUCGUCAUCGGUUAA